AUGAUCGAGGACGAGCACGAGGGAGAAGCACACGACGUUGGACCUGAAGCGGAACAAGACAAAUAUGUAAUAGUUGAUUUUGAAUAUGAAGAGCUUAACCAGGAGUUAGACAAAGAGAAGGGAGUAGAAGAGGCACGUAGUGAACUCCACCUGUCGGAAGCCCCGUCAAAUUACCGCACGGUUCAAAGGGUUGAUACAAACUAUCUACGCUCUCUCGAGGAGACAAUUAUCAGCCUCAAGCUUCAACUUAUUACGGCCAAGGCAAGGGUUGUACGAGCCGAGCAAAGGAUAGAGGUAAUCACCCAAGAGGCGGAUGAACUAGCUGAACUCCUGAUACGUGAGCUCGACGAUUGA